GAUGGUUCAUCAUGACCUACCAAACUCAGAUGAGAAGUUCCUAUGGCUGCUUCCAGAUUCAUUUUGAUAAUCACAGGGUUGGCGUAAAGCGGUUUCGGGGUAUGUGGGGGGAUUUGAUUUUAGCGGCAGCCGACUAGACGCACAUUCUUUCCACCACCAGAAGCCAAUCUGUCCUGUACUUGGGUACAUUCGAGACUUCGCUUAUGACCACGGAUACGAUUUAUCAGGAUCCAACCGACCCCGUCGAUGAGAUACUUGAUUCAUUUUAUUUUAGCAUUGAGGAGGAAGAGACAGGAAUAAAUGAUAACGAAGAGCAGAACAUGCACGAAGUUGCCUCAUCUGCCUCUAGUACUCAGAGCGACGGUCUAUCAGAACCAGAAUCAGAAUCAGACGAUGAAGCGGGUGCUUUUUAUGCGUUAUACGGCGGAAGAUCGAGCCUUUCGUCCUCUUUGUCAUCUCUAUCAUCCGUGUCGGCCCUGAGAGAACAGGUCGACCUUCCCUCUGAGAGCAAAGAGGUCACUGGUAUAUUCGCCAAUGCCCGAAACGAUAACGUUCCCCCACUGGAUACCUAUCAUCCGAUGAACGAUUCUUCCCUCAUUCUCGGACGUGAAGAUAUUCCUCAAGUGAUCUCCGCUUCGUCAAAUGCGUAUGAUGAAGCAGUUCUAGGUGACGACCCUUUACCGCCGAAGUUUAGCAGCCGAUUGUCAACCGAGACUAUUCAUGGCGUAAGACGUUUGCCAGUGAAGGAAGUAGUAGCAUGACCUUCCGGAGUACAGUCAUUAUUUCGGCACCUUGUAACAAGUGUAACCUCUAUAGCAGUGCUGGUACUGCCGCGUGUCAUAUGUCGACGAAUCGGGGAAAUGGGUGCCCUUGUUUUUUCCUUUGCCUUCCAGAAGUGUACCCUUUCAUGGGAAAAAUACUUCGCUGUGUUGGCUGUUGUACACCUGUUAGUUUUGUGUUAUCGGACCCUUACGCUCGAAAAUUUAAACCUUUCGGUUCUGUCCUACUUUUCUUCUAGCAUGUCUCUUGUAUCCCUAACCAAAAUGUAUCUCAGUGUUGUUCCAAC